UGGAUUGGGUUUGCUCAUUCAAUUCACUCACUCACUCACUCAGUGGGUUUUCAAAAAGUUUCAACUCCGAGUGGGAGGGAACUCACUCACUCACUCACUCACUCUUAGCUGCAUCUUCUUCUUCUCACCAACAUUCUCCAUUACUAUUAUAAUCAGUAUAUCAUAAAAUGAGAGAUAAAACAGUGCACAAAAAGAAAGCUAGAGCUGUUGAAACAAAUGAACCUUUGGCGGAUGAUGAUUUUGUGAAUUCGAUAAAAGCAGUUACCGAAUUUCCUCGAUCCUCUUUUGAGUUCUACGUUUGGUCAGAUGAGGGACUUAAUCUUCAAAUUGAUUUAACUUCGUCCCCGUCAGAUUGGACUAAGAUGUUUAAAAAGGAGGUUCGUGUAAGUGAGAAUAUGAAUGGAAACAAAUCUUGGAGUCUUCGGCAAGAUCUAAGUGGCUUACGAGAGAAAUCUAAGUUAUUGUGGAAUACAAGUUAUUUCGAAGUUGUUGAUCGUGAUGGACAGGGAAAAUCUUCUUCCUCGGGGUUGAAAUUGACUAAAGAUAGUGAUGCAGAGUUAGGUCAACUAAAUAAUGGUAAAAGACCUGUAAAAGUGGCCGAGAAUGAAUGCUCCAAGGAUUGUCGUCUUCCAAAUGGUUCUUGCAAUGUGAAGCCUGGUGUGGUGUUAGCUGGAGCUUCAUUAAGUAGUUCUGUGGAAUUACAAAAUUCGGAAGUUGCAAGUUGUCAUAAAUAUGCAUCUGUUUCACCUCGUGACAAUGAGGGAUCUCUGGAUUUAAGUGAUAGAAAGAACAUGUCUGAAUUGAAACAAGGCGUCCCACUCAACUCAAGUGAGAUUACUUUUGUUACUGAUGGGAACAAUUUCCCUUCACAGACUGAAGAAUGGGGGACAGCCAAGAUUGUUUCUGGAAGGAAGCGUUCACGAUGCUCCCAAUUAGAUGACCCACUUAAGAAGUCUAUCCUAGAUUCUGAUGAUCAGAUUUCCAAAACAGAACUUUGCAAAAAGCGGAAAAAUAGUCACUCUGAGAAUCAACGUUCAAUUUCACCUGCUAGAAGAAUUUUAAGAAGCGUGACGAAAACUACUGUUAUGAUCCUGCCUAGAAGAUCCCCAAGGCUAAUAUCCAAGUGAGUUCAUGAAGUGUUUUGUGCGCCAUUUGAAAGCAUAGUUCCAGAUUUUUCAAUGAAAAUAUCUCCCACUGUUCCAAAAUGGAAUCAUGACAUUUAGUCGCAUUAUUCAUUUCGAAAAGUUAUAACUUACACCCACAGUAAUUAAAAAGCAAGGUGAUCUUUCAGGUAGAUUUCAGUUAAACAGUUAAAAAAAUGAGCUAUAGUUUUGAUAUUUAGAAAUUAUAAAAUUAUUAUUGUUUGUAUUUUCAUGUAACCUUCGAGACACUUUCUGAUUGUAUAUUUAUAUGGAUCGGCUACAUAUCAUUGAAUUUACUUAGCUUGAUGUCGGCAUAUUUGGGACAGAAUAGAAUUUGAGUAUUGAAACAAGCAUUAGUUGAAUUCAAAUACAAUAUAGCUUGCCAUUGUUUUUAAGUAUGCUUUGGUUUAGCUGUCAAGUUUCCUGAGUGGUUUAUGUAGUUAACUUGUUCUGUAACGAGGCAUAGACGAUAGAACCAU